AUGUUCAAUGAAAAAGAGCUUGAUGAAUUUCUUCGAGACAUCGAAUACGUCUCCUCCGAAGUCGAAGGCAUCAUAAAAGGCGACAUUGACGUUGAACAAAUCAAAAAAUCUGAAGAACAACAAAAAGCCCUGGAAGCCCAAAAAAUUGCUAGAGAGCUUGAAGAAAAACAAAAAGCUGAAGAAGAAAAAAAGCGAGGCAGAAAAGGCAAAGGCAUAAAAUUCGACACAUAUAAAUCUUAUUGUCCUAAUUGUCAGCGUGAAUUCGAGCGAGAGCGAGAAAUGUGCUAUGUAUGUGGCAGAAAAUGCAUAUCAAGCGAAAAGCGAAAACAAGACCUUUUAUCCAAAGUAGAAGAGCUUAAAAAAGAACGCGCAGAAAAAGCAGAAAAAAAAGUCCGUUGGGAAAACUGGCAAAAAACCCAAGCUAUGCUUUAUAAGAGAACUGCUACGAAUUAUAAGAAAUGGGACUAUUUUGAUGACUAUGAAGAAGAAGCUGAGCCAGAGUUCAUCCCUCCUGAUAAUGACCCAAAUUUUAAAGCUCUAGAGUUAGAUAUGAAAGAAAGAGCUGAAAAAAGAAAGCAGGAACUAGCCAUAGCGACAGAGCUGAGGGAACAAGGGAAUGCCUUUUUUAAAGAAGGAAAAUACAAUAAUGCGAUCUUAAAAUACGAGGAAGCCCAGAACGUCAAAAAAGACUGGAUGAUUCUCUACACAAAUUCAGCAAUCGCAAGAAUAAAAAUAGAAGACUAUGAAGGAGCCAUAAAAGACUGCUCACGAGUCCUGGAUUACUAUGAAGUUUUUGAAGACGGCUACGAAAAAAGCAAAGAUGUCUGCUUCAAAGCAUUAAUUAGAAGAGGAGAAGCUUUAAGGCAUCAGAAAAAAUACACAGAAGCUAUAAAAGAUUUAACACAAGCCCUGGAUUUAAAAGAUGAUGAAGAAAUUGAAAGGAUUUUAAACAUGUGUAGAGAAGAAGCCAAUAUAGCUGGGCAGGAACUAGAAGAAAUAAAGGUGGAGGAAAUACAGUCAGCUGAGGUCAUUAUUGAGCAGCUUAAUUCUGAGGAAAAAAUAUUGGGAUUUAGGCAGAGCGGAGGGUAUAUUGUGCUUUUUAAAAGGAUUUUAGAAAGUAAAGAUAUUGAGGCGCUAAAGGUGUUGGAGUUUUUGAUGGGGGACGAAAAUAAGUAUGCACAGCUGGAGCCGCUUAUUGCGAAUGUUUAUGAUAAAAAAAGAACUGGGGCAAUUGUGAUGUUGGAAAGUAUUGAUAGAUAUAUUAAUGAUGAAAUUUUUCACAGUCUAGCAAAGAUUUUGUGCUUGGCCGUAGAGAAUAAAGUAAUCAGGGAAGAAAUUGUGAAGCAUUCAGCUACAACUAAAGGCAAAAAGUUCUGCCGAUAUGCUGUUGAGAUAUUUAUUAAGAGGCCAUCAAAAUCUUUUUCACCAAUUAUCACAAAUUUAAGCUUAUCUACCUAUAAAAGCUCCUUCGAAAGAAAGCCAAAUCCAGGAAACAUCAAAGCUAUCAUAAGGCAUCAAUGGAACAGCUUUUAUCCUGCUUUCCAAAGGUUAUUAGACAACCCAGAAAGCUUGCGAGAAGCUACAGGGAUGCUAUGCAAUUUGGCUGCAGAUCAAAAAAUAAAAUCUUUGUGUAUGGGCCAGCACCGUCUAAUGACUGUUUGCAAUGAAAUUAUCAAUAACGGCACAAAUUCUUUACAAAUAGAAAACGCUUUAGGAUUCUUAAUUAACUGUGCAACAUUGCCAGCGCCAUUAGAAAAACUAGAAGAAUUCUAUCAAGAAUUCAUCAGCGGAGUAAUAAGACUUAUAAACCUGCAGACUGGAAUACAAAGUAUUACUUAUAGGUCAUUUUUACUAUUAUUCAGACUUUUAUUCGCAAAACCAGAGCUCUCUGACACAGUCUGUCAAAACUCUACUGUAAUGGAGCUAAUUUUCAGGGCUUUAGAAAACCCUGAUACCAUUGACAUUUCAGUCAAAAUAAUUACCAUUGGCUCUUCUCAGUAUAAUUUCUGCAGAGCAAUUCCUAUCCAAAAAAUAUUAGAAAUCACACAAAAAUCAAUCGCAGAAUUUUUAUCAGGAAAAAAAAUCGACGACAGGAUGGGAAACUUAGGUUUGUGCGUCGGAAAGAUUGCUGACAAAAUACCUAGCACUUCUACACAAUUUAUGCCACUAAUUGAAGGUUUUGUCUCUGUAAUUAAAGAAAAACUUGGCCCUGCAAGAAAAAAUGUAGCAAUUGGGCUAUCAAAAUUAGCUAAUAAUGAAGAAACCAAAGAGGAGCUGCGAAAGUUCCAUGGAUUUGAGAUUUUGAAUAGCGUCAUAGGGCAUCUAGAUAAUAAAUAA